AAAGGGCAUAAGUCAACUUUUUUGAAGAAAUGAGUUAAAUACAGGAUGCCAAUCUGUGGGUGUAUACGCAUCGUUUAGUUACUAAAAGGCACUAGUCUGAUGCAUGGAAGUGGGUUUACCGACCGCCAGAAAAUUUAGUUUAGUUAUGAAAAGGAAUUAGUCAGUGGACUUAUGUCCUUUCAUAACCAAAUGAUUACAGCUAUUAAUCAGUGGACUUAUGUCCUUUCAUAACCAUAUAAUUGCAGCUAGUUACAAAGAGAAAACAAAUAGCAGUAUACUCUUCCGACCUCUUUGGCAGUAUCAUGCAGUGUUGCAUGCUGGUAUAUUCUGCUAUCAUUUGUUUUGUUGUGUACUUUCAGUUACUUUUGGUUUGUUUACUAGUAGAAAAUGAGUGAAAUGGAGUCUAAUAAGACUUGUGUGGAAAAUGAUUGUAACCAUUCCAUGAAACGUAAAAAAGGUGUGCGAAAUGUGGAAGAAUACAAAUGUCAAAGAAUUAAACGAGCUCGUCUGCAAGGAAAGGAGUAUGCAAACUACAGAAGGAAUGUUGUGAAAACUAAAAGUACUACCGAGUCGUGCAGAUGUGCAAGAAAAUGCUAUGACAAGAUUGACAUUGCACAGAGAGGGAAAUUACUUGAUGCUAUACAUUCCUUUUCAUGCAAGAAUGAGCAAGACAUCUAUCUUCAAGGUUUGCUUGACGCUGUGCCAAUUAAACAUCGCCGACCAAGGAAUGGUGACAAGUCUGGAAAAAGGUCAUCCUCCUUCACUUUCCAUGUAGUUAUUCAAGAACGAAGAGUGAAAGUGUGCAAGAAAGCAUUCAUUCAGUUAUAUGGAGUAUCUGCCAAGAGGGUAAGGAGACUGCAAACAUUGUUACUAUGUGGACAAACUCCAAAAGACAUGCGAGGCCAACAAAACAAUAGGAAGUCGGUGCCUGUUGGUGAUGUUCAGGCCAUCAAAGACCACAUAUCUUCAUUUCCUGUCAAGAUAAGCCACCAUGCAUCCAAAGAAUAUAAAUAUCUUGAUGCGCAGUUGGAUAUAAAGAAGAUGCAUACACUGUUCAAAGAGAAAUUUCCUGAUUGUAAAGUUAAGUAUUCUUUCUAUUACAAGAUUUUCAGGGAAAAUUUCAAUCUCCACUUUGGGAGACCACAGAUAGACACCUGUGGAGAAUGUGAACAACUGAAGGUCAAGAUAAAAAAUCCUAAUCUUAAUGAAUGUGCUAAGCGAGUUGCCAUGGCCGAGCUGGCCAUUCAUGAAAGAAGGAGUAACAAGUUUUACACAAGCAUGAAAGACACGAAACACAUUUGCAAAAACAAUGAUAGUGUGUUAGGGUUAACGUUUGAUUAUAUGCAGAACAUUUCACUGCCCUGCAUUCCAGUACAAGAGCUUUUUUACUAUCGCCAGCUUUCGGUGUUUCCCUUUGCCAUACAUAACCUGAAAACAGAUGAGGCGAGUUUAUUUUUAUAUCACGAAGGGCAGGCAAAUAAAGGGCCAAAUGAAACAUGCUCUUUUCUCCACAAAUACAUAAGUGACAACGUGCCUCCAUGUGUUAAAGAACUGCACCUUUACGGUGAUGCUUGCGGAGGGCAGAAUAAGAACAAUUGCAUGGUAAGAUUCUUGUUAUCACUUACUGACACCAACAGAUUUGACAUUAUUAUCCAUCGGUUUCCGAUACGUGGUCAUUCAUAUCUUGCUUGCGAUCGUGAUUUUGCACUGGUGAAACGUGUUCUUAAAAAGACUGAUAGAUACUAUGUACCCAUGGAGGUCUGCUAACUUAUUACAUCUGCAGGAGUUCCUGGAAAAUUCACAGUCAACAUGGUAACAUCUGAUGACGUGUUGGACUUCAAGAAUUGGUGGCCCAGCCAUUACAAAAAGACAUGCUUAUCAUUGGAAAGCCAGAGUAAAGCAGUUCCGCGAAGCCAGAAGCAAGACUUUGCUGUAUCAAGGUUUGUAGAGUUCCAGUACAACAGUCGCCAUAAAGGUACUGUAGUUGCUUCCGAAUUCAUUGGCGGCCUUGUGUCACAUACUUUUGUGCUUCGUCAAUCAUCCGACAAAAGUUUGAAUCCUACUAUUCCUGUUCAAAAGGCGUAUCCUGCGAAAAAUGUGCCAAUUAAUGCAAAGAAGAUUAUUGACUUAAAGAAGGUUCUCCGUUAUGUUCCAGGUGAACACAGAGACUUCUACGAUGAGAUUAUCCAGUGGCCUACCAAGCAAACAGACUGAGCUACCAUGCCAUUGUAACAGACAUUGUUACAUAAUAACAUACAAAGUGUGAAGUUAUAUUAACACCUUUUGUACAUGUUUUCAAAACAAUGUGUAGUCUUACAUCACUGUUGUUUAAAGUGAAAGGAUGCUUUAGUACAUAACUUUUGUGGUGUUGUUUAAAGAGGGUAUGCCUGUGAUGUUAUGCAUUAUAAGGUCAGUGAAAAUGGCGUAAAGUGUUCAAUAAUAUGGUGUACACGUUUACUGAACUAUAUCUAGGUUGAAUUACAUCAUUGUAUUUCGAUUGGAAUAUUUUAUUACAUAAGUUUUGUUGACUUGCAAGGUUAAGUUAUAAAAGGGCCUAAGUCUGUGAUAUUUAACAAUUUUUUUCUCGCAGGUAAUGAAACACUUGCAAAGCAUGCACUUGUCAAUGUAGUGACAUUUAGGUACAGAGUAGUAAAAAAAUAUUAAUUUUGAUGUAUGAAACUUAUAACAGAUAUGAUAUAGUUUUUUGCAUAUUCCCACAACUUUAAGUGAAUUGACUUAUGCCUUUUCAUAAAUAAGCGAUUCAAUUAUACCCUGUAUUUUCAGGUUAGAUAUUCUAAAAAGAGUGUAGGUGAGAAAUAACCACGCAAUUAUAAUGUAGCACGUGACUGUAAAACACGGAGGGAGGGGGUCCAGGAUGUGGGGGCCACGGAGGAAAUGCAGUGCAGUGCAGCGAAGAAGGGCGAGCGGUGGUCCCUCUGACGAGAACACUGGCCCAAGAGCCGGGAGACUCACCGAGCAGCGCUGUGAAGGCGCCCACCCUCAUGCAGACGCUGUUGGGAUCCGCCAGGGUGCCUGCAACAACACAGCAUCCAUGCUGGGACGUACUUACUAACUUUUGUGCUACAGAAUAAAUGAAAAUAAAUAUUAUUGACCUUCCACAAAUUUUUUACAAGUUAAUUAAAUAUUCAAAAUUUAGUUCCGUGCACAUUUACAAAGCAUGAAAAUAGUAAAUAAAAUCAAUCUGAAAACAAUCAUGUUGACGUUGUGUAGGUAUUUGCUACACUCUGGUGACUACUUCAGAAAUCAAUAUAUUCGGACAUCGGACAUUGUAGUUGUGGACUGGGCUUUUUCCCGCAUGACAAUGUGACGUCAUUCACAUGGUUAUCAGGACACGGACCACCCAGGCACCCGGGGAGAGAGACAAGACAGGCUCUGAUCGUUCAACACGGUCUCGCCGAGAGAAACACUGGGGCCAGUGUCUUCACUUUCAAAUGCUUUUAGUGCUAUUUGUACGUCUUUUAAAGUAUGCUUAAAGUAAAACAUGUAAAGAGUUGGUUCAAAUCAUCACAAUGCAUCUCAUGCAAAAGAUCAGCUGUGUAGCAAAUGUCUUGAACUCUUGAAAGUGAAGUUCUUCCCACUGCUCCAGAAUCCUGCGUACAAUUGAAAGCCAACAGGUUGCACAGACUUUCGAAAUUUUGUAGUGGCUGUUUCCCGCAAUUUAUUGUCUCAUAAAUCUUUUUAUAUUCCUCUUUUCUUUUGUGAGAGUUCAAAAACCAAUUGUAGUUUCCGUUUAAAAAAAAAAAAAAAAAAAAACCUCUAUUCUUCUGAGGCGUGUGAAACUGCAAGUUAUAGAGAAUCACAUACGCAACGGAUCAAUACCAAUUUUUUUUUAAAAAAAAUUCUCUCUUGAGUAGUUUGAAAAGACCAAUUUUUACUCCGAAUCUUACAGCAGUAUUAUCUGUGCCAAUUCCUAUCAUAUUAGCGACUGGGAUUUUGAGAUCUUUCAAAGGAAUUCACAAGCAAGAUUUUUUUGCAUCUUCAGUUCCUACUAAGCUGAGCUCGAGAAAUGCUGACCUAAUGGUUUGCUUUUAUACACUGUAGUA